CAGAAAGAACAGUCAAAAUACAGGCAGGGCACAGGACAAAGCACUAGGGACAAAAUUCAUUUUAAAAAACAUUUAAAAAAUGUCAAAUUUGCCGCCGGUUCCGGCGCCCGUACGUCCCGACGUCACAGGAACCGGAACACGGAAGCCGGAUACCGGCAUCGGCUGGAGGAGAUGGCCGGGGACACUGCAGGGGACACAUCGUGGGAGCAAAGGACAAGGUAAGUGCUGCAGGGACUCCCAGAGCAAUGCCGCAUGGUAAGCCCAAGUGUAGCUCGGGGUUACCGCUUGUGGUACUGAAAU